CGAGACCCCGAGAGCGGAGAGCCUGGCCCGGGGUUGGCGUCACCAGAUAACCCCGCCCACAUGAUCCUCCCCCACGUACUCACCACCCCCCACUGUAUAUUCCAGCACGCGCGACUUGCUUCACUUCACCACGUUCACGUAGCCUGCCAGCCCGCCCGGUGUCAUGGCGCAACGCGAGGCGCGUGCCGGUGCGGCCGAUAAGGCGGCGGCCGGCGGCGGGGCGGGGCACGUCACGCUGGAGAUGGGCGGCGGCGUGGGGGAGCUGCGGGCGGAGCAGAGGGCAACGACGACGACGUGGGCGUGCGGGGCGGUCGCGGCGGCCGUGGUGGGCGUGGGGCUGGCGGGUGCCGGCGUGCUGGUGUGGUGGGCGCUGGCGUUCCACCCGGCGCGCCAGCAGCUCUGGAUGGUGCCCGUCGGCCUCGUCCUCCUCGGCACGCCGCUCCUCGCCUGGCUCUCCAUCUUCGCCUCCGACGCGUGCCGCUGGUUCGGCCGCCUCCGCGACCACCAGCCGCCGCUCGUCCGCCCAGCUCCGGACCCGGAGCGAUGACGAUGAUGGUCCGUGCGUGGCCGAGAGUUGCAGAUUCGAUAGAGGCUCUGGGCCUUGCCUUGGGUGUACAUUUUUUUUCCCUCUCCGGUCUCUUCUUUUGUUCCCCUGUUCUUGUGUGAAUCGGAACGAACAACAUCUUGCUGCUAAUAGCACAACUAGGCAAAAGUGUUGUAAAUUGCAAGAUGCUUUCUUUGAUCGGUUGCUUGGAUUUUGCAUAGUUGGCAUGCAACAUGCAUGCUGAGCCGUUUGUAGAACGCGGGGGUUUCCAUUUGAAUACGAAAUUCAGAUGUAGUAGAAUUUUACACCUGAUGAACAUGAAAACAUCCCAGUGAAUUUCCGCGUUCCA